GGCGGUGAGGCAGGAUUCUGAGCGACUUGUCUUGAACAGGACAAGUAGGCAUAAAUACCUCGCAUCUACCCCAAAACAAGACAAGUCUCAAAAACACUGGACUUCAAUCGCAACAAGGUUCACAUCAAAAUUUGCCACUUCAAAACUUGCCAUCAAUCAUGACAACCCGAUCACUACCACCCCGCAUGUCCAAGGAGAAGCACGCCGAGAGACGUAAAGGACUCAUGGAGUAUCGACGCGAGGUGACCGAGGGAUUUGACCUCGUCGCGAUGGCCCUUGAGAAUCCGAAACAGCUCAGCGAACAGCAACGGCUUGCUCUCCUCGGCCGCGCGCCUUACACUUAUGACCAAAUGGUCCUCGUCCAGAAAGUGACAAACAACAGGUUCGGGAGUGCGGCAAGUCUGGUCUCAGCUGCAUACAAUUGGUACUGCAAUCUCGACUCCCCAGCAGACUGCAAGCUGAUGCUGUGCGACGUCCGCCACCUCGACGACCCUUCCCAACUCGACGCUGAAUAUGCGGCCCAGCUUCGCGCCGAGGCAGAGCAGACGCCCGAAGAGCGUGCUCGCGAGGCGGUGCGCACCCUGUCCGAGAAGCGCGCACGGAGGAAUGCUAGGCGCUUGCUCCCGGAGCUGGAGAAGCUGACGGCUGAGGAGCUGCACGAGCUGGCCGAGAAACGUGCGGGGUCCACAAUCUGGAGGCGGGUCGAGCCGGCGUUGCCAGAAUGGAUUAAUGAUAUCAUGACACGCCUAUUCCACUAUGGUUUCGCAUACUACCGAAGCAAGGAGGUCUCCGACCGCUUUGGCGAUAAGUUUGAGGCCGUCUGGAAGAGACUGGAGCGGCAGGCUUCAUCAAUACCUCCGUACGACGGGCAAGAGACCAUCGUGUGCCGAGCUGGAGUCUUCUCAAUAUACAAAUCCGGCUGCCUAGAGUCCGCCAUCAACGAGGUGGAGUGGUCCGAAUACCAGGCAACCGAAGACGAUCUGUCUUCCAUAAGGAGACAUUUUCAAGGCGCUCGAGACAAAAUCGACCCAGACUCCGGCAUCCUCACCAACACAUUCAUUGUCCUGACCUUGGAAUGCAUACACCGGGAUCUUUUCACGGCAGAAGAGCUAUCGGACUUGCCCACCUGCUGGGUAUGGGCCUACGAUGCCGACUGGGAGCCGCCGCCGGGUGCCCAGGCAGAUGACGAUGGUUAUGAAGGGCGCGUGAAGGUCCCGAUUGCGUGUCUGCAUGCCUGGUUCUAUGGCGCGCGGGUGGAGGCGGAAUACGACAUGAAGCAGCUCUGGAAGAAGGCUCAGUCCCAUCCCGAGCAGCUUUACGUCUGCUGCACUUUGCCGCUGGAGGAGUGGAACCAUGAGCCAUACGUUUGAAGAGCUUACUGGGUUGUCUUUGACGGUCGAAUGGGAAAUAAUUAAUUACACAGUGAUUAAAUUGAACCGCCUCCAAGAAGCACACAUGUUGACCCAAAUAUGCAUGAGCUUAGUUUUCUUGGAAGAGGUUGUGGUCGAAAUGAAUCAGAAUGUCCACCUGAGACCGAUACUGCAGGAAUUUAUCGAGUGCUGUUUGCGCGUCAACAAUGUCCUGCGCCCGCGGCUGUCCCAGCUUGGCAUUGCUGGUCAGGUCAAUGAUGCGGUUGGUCCACAAUUCGACCAGCUCUUUUGUACGAACUGCCAUCCAGGCUUUGCUGAAGUCAACCAUACGAUCCACAUGAAGCGCCAUGAAAUCCCGCCAGUGCCAAGCAGCAAUAUUCAGGUCCCGUGGUCGGCGGCCA